AUGGAUCAAUCUGCGUUUGUCCCAGCAAAUAAUAUUUCCAAACUAAAUGAGGGUCCUCUUAAACACGAUUGCAAUACAGAACAGCAACUCUCCACGAAAGGUCGCUAUGUUGAGCCAAAAAUAUAUUCUGGAUUUCAAUCUCCUAGACUAAAAUUAAUAUCAACGAAACGACAAUUGUAUACUCCGAGAUUGUCAUCUCCUCGACGUAUUCAACAUGAUGAAAGUUCAUGUCGUUUAUCAGAUGAACCUUCUCGUCAGACAACGUCAUUUGGACAAUUUCAGUGUUUUGAGCCUAGAAAGGAAGAUUCAUUUAUUGAUUUCAAUGGAUUACAUAGAGGUAAAACACCUUUGGCUACUGAUGAUUUUUUAAUAUUACAACAAGAUUCAUCGACAGAAUUCGAUGCUAGAUUACGAGUUGAUCUAGCACAAAGGGAUUUAACUUUAUCAAACACGAAACUUUACCGAAGUCCAUCAUUACUUUGUAGUUCACCUUCAGCGACAUUAAUAAAAUCGAUGAAAUCUAAUGAAUUAAAUUUCUAUAGUUAUAACAAUUUUGGUCAAAGUUCAAGACCACAAUAUUUUUUGACUAGAAAAAGUGCGAAGAGACCAAGUCAGAAUAUUUUUCGUUCGUCAAGCAUGCGUGUUGUUGAAUCAGCCUUUCCGUGGUAUCCAAGAAGUGGUUAUUAUGGUUCCAAAUCAACUCGAAUCUAG